GAACUGAGAACCUCAUAAGGGAAACAUGCACUCACAAACUCCACGUAUGAUACACAAGAGCCUUCCUGGUCGAUACAGCCCAUAGUGGCCUUUCUCUGAGAAUGACAGCGACUGAUCUCCUGAAUGUCUCACUGAGGUGGCAGCUGAGGUGCUUGCAGCAGAGGGGUGUGCUGUGUGAACGAUGGAGGAGGACAUCGGACACAGGGAAAUGUAUUCCAACCACACUACUCCAAGCGUCUCACCCACAAAAGCAGCGCCUGGAUGUCCUGGACUUCCUGCUUACAGUGUCCUCGUCCCCUUGGCGUUGCUCACACUGAUGGGAUGUGCUGCUGCAGUGGUUCUGUAUAUCAGGAGCAAAUCAAGAUUAGACGAGUUACGUCACAGGCUGAUUCCUCUGUACACCUACGACCCCGCUGAGGAAGAGGAGUGGAGGGACGCUGACGUGGGGGAUGAGGAGGAGGAGCUGGCUGAGCCUUUGUACAAGGAGGGGACACUCUCCUUCUCAUCUGGUUAUGGAACUUGACAAGAGAAGAAAGAAAGAAGAAUGUGUCAAUUUGGAAAACGGAGUUCUUCUGUGAGACUCUAUUACCUCCGCUUGUUGGAAGCAAGAUUACACAAAGACUACUGAACAGAUUUCCAUGAAACCUGGUGGAAGGAUGGGACAUGACCUAAGGAAGAACCCGCAACAGUUUGGUGAGGAUCCAGGAGUUGAUCUUUAAAAAACUUUUUUUUACAUUGUUCUUUGACAUUUUUCAUGAUUUUCCAUGAUUACUUGAAGGAUAAUUCCUGGAUCUUGAUUAAUAAAUCUAAAUGUUUAAGGGAGUGAUAUUUAUGAGUGAGUGCAGGGUUAGGGUUAGGAAGUGAGGCUGAUCCAAAUAGAAAAUCUGGAUCAGCCCCACUUCCUGUCCACAACACUCAUGGCCAGCUCCCACAUUUGACACUGCUUGUGUGGUUUAGGUUGUGACCCUUAGUUCUACGUGUGGGAUUUUCACUAGUCAGCAUACCCCCCCCCCCCUUUUUAUCUGUGUUUGUUUGUUUAUGAUCAUUAAAGAUAAAACUAUUCUUAUCACCACCCUUUGGCCACUUCACUGGAUUGCUCCCUUAAUUGCAGAUGAAAAAGAUAAUGCUUGCUCUCUACUUGUGUGAUGUCAAACCAUUUUGCCUCAAU